AUGCCAGGGUUAACGUGCAACGCUUGCAACGCGGAAUUCAAGGAUGACACAGAGCAGAAGCUCCAUUACAAGUCCGAGUGGCAUCGCUACAACCUCAAGCGCAAGGUGGCUGGGGUUCCUGGGGUAACAGAAGCACUAUUUCUGGCUAGGCAAUCUGUGAUUGCUCAAGAGAAAAAUAAAUUGAAUGAGACCCCCAUGCUCUAUAGCUGUGCUCUUUGUGGAAAGGAUUAUAAAAGUUCUAAAGCUCAUGCUGAGCACCUUAAAUCACGUGGUCAUAUGAUCCGGGCCUCUGAAGGAACUAGUCAUGCAGAUGAGAAGGCAAUAAUUAAGCCACUUCCAAAACGUGUUGUGAAUAGACCUCCUCCUAGAAGAGAGGUAGAUAGCUCUGAAAAUGAAGAAAGUGAGGAUGAAUGGGAGGAGGUUGAUCCUGAAGAUGAUUUAGUAGAUGGGACUGCAAAGUCCUUGACUGAUUUGAAUGUGAAUGAGCAUGGUGAAAAUGUUGAUAUGGAUGAAGAUGAAGAUGAAGAUGACAAUGAUGAGGAUGACUUUGAGGAGUUGGACCCCUCAAGUUGCUUUAUGUGUGAUCAAAAGCACAAAACAAUAGAAGACUGCAUGGUUCACAUGCACAAGCACCAUGGAUUCUUCAUUCCAGAUGUUGAGUAUUUGAAGGAUCCAAAAGGCUUCCUCACCUAUCUUGGCCUAAAGGUCCAAAGGGACUACAUGUGUUUGUACUGCAAUGAUAGAUGUUAUCCGUUCAGCAGCUUGGAAGCAGUCAGGAAACAUAUGGCAGCUAAAAGCCAUUGUAAAGUGCAUUUUGGUGAUGGUGAUGGUGAGGAGGAGGUAGAGUUAGAAGAGUUCUAUGACUACAGCAGCAGUUACGUGGAUGAUCAGGGCAAGCUCAUUGUAUCUGGUGAAACAGCUAACAAUGUAGAACUUGUUGGUGGGUCUGAACUUAUAAUCACCAGAAAAUCUGGUGAUAGGAUAUCAACCAGAACACUUGGUUCCCGUGAAUUUUUGCGUUAUUAUCGUCAGAAACCUCGGCCAUCACCAGCAAAUAAUUUGUCCAUUACUGCUGCAUUGGCUUCAAGGUACAGGAGCAUGGGUUUAACCACUGUCCAAUCAAGGGAGAAAAUUGUGAGGAUGAAAGUCCUGAAGGAAAUGAAUAGGUCAGGUGUGGAGAAUAUGCGUAACAAGAUAGCAAUGAAGAGUAAUGUUAUCCGAAACCUGCCAAAUAAUGUCCCAUAUUAG